AUGGGUUCAGCGUGGAAAAGUGAUCAAAAAAUUCUCAAAGUUGUCAACUUCAUCAGACAUUUAUCCAGUCUUCUAAUAGUAGAUUGGCGCGCACCGAUGACAGACGAAUCGGAGGCGGCGCGACGGGGUCGUGGAGUGCCGCCGGCGCCGCCGCCCCGGCUAAGCAUUCGCCCCGAACCGAAGCCCCGUUCUGCCCCUCCCCGUCUCAUCCGCCCUUCAGAACAUCUGGCUAUGGUCGAACAGGCCAUGGCUGAACGGGCAAUGGAUCGCAGACCUCCAGCGCCCUUGGUUCCAUCAGUGACGGUCUUACACGGGCCCAGACCAGCUCCUCCACUACCGCCGGCUCCUAGGCAGUAUAUGCCACCGCCAACGAGAAUGCCAGCACCCGUACACCCGGUUAUGCGGCUUCCGCAGCCACCAAGAAACCCUCAGAACGGUGACGCAGCGAUAUUAUGUGGAUACGAAAGUGAUAGUCUCUUGAGUCAUGGGCCGCGCAAACAAUGA